GACAAUUGACAUGAGAAAAGGGCCACUUCAUACAUUUUUAGAAAUGAAAAUGACAAUUGACAUGAGCUAGUUUUUAUUCUUUUUUUUCGGCCUCUAAAGGCCAAUUGUAAAAUCUGUGUCCUCAAUCUAUGAGUGUAUUUGUAAUAUCAAAAACUCGAUCACAAGCAAUCACCAAUGCAAUGAUGAGCAACACGAACACCUUGCUACUGCUUGCUAGAAAAGCACUAACCAAUAUCCAAACUCCAAUUCUUACCUUUCGUUGCUUCUGUUCUCAAUCCACCUCCGCUCUCUCAUCUUCUCCUUCUGCACCAAGCAAUAAGCUCUUCGUAGCAGGGUUGUCUUGGUCCAUGGACGAGAGAUCGUUGAAAGAUGCGUUUUCUUCCUUUGGGGAGGUUACUGAAGUUAGGAUAGUGUAUGAUAAAGACUCAGGUCGAUCCAGAGGUUUCGGAUUUGUGGAUUUCGCAAAUGAAAAUGAUGCACAGUGUGCAAAAGAUGCAAUGGAUGGAAAGGCGGUAUUAGGGCGGCCAUUGAAGAUAAGCUUUGCCCUUGAAAAGGUCCGUGGAGGACCUGUUGCCGUUCCUCGACUUUCAAACAUCAACAACCUUGUGGGUCGAAGGUCUUGAAGCUCUUGGUAUUUCAUCUACAUGUUGCAUGAAUAUCUAAUCUUGAACUAUUCAAUUCCUACUUCUAAAUUUGAUUUAGAUCCUUGACUUGGUUUUGCUGGUAUUGAAACCAAUAGUAUGAAGAACCUCAAUUUAGUAUUGUUUGAUAAUUACAGAGAAAUACAAUAUCAAUUUGGAAGAAUUGACGGAACAAAAUUCUUGUAGCACUAAUCAUGAUUUAUUUUUUAUCAAAUCAUGAUAGAUAGUUCCCAAUUUCUUUUAUUAGAAAUCUUGUUUUCUAUCUUA